AGUUUAGAGGAAGCACAAGCAAGAUCAAGGUCCGGAGUACCUGCUCCAACAUCUGACAGUCAUAAUUCAUCCUUGUCCUCGGAAUCCGGAGUCAAACUUCGAGAAUCGAGCGAUCGACAUUCAUCAACAGACAGAAGGCGUAGAUCAUACGGAGAUUUCUCGCAGAAGCGUCGAAACCGACAUAUCACGAUAAGCCGACUUGUUUCCGAUCAAACAACUAACGAACAAAACGGGGAAUUGAGUGAAAAAGAAUCUCGCAGAAAAUCUUCCCAAAUCUAAACCUCUUUCUUCUGUGUGAAAAUUAACAAAUAUCAGCGCGAAUAAUUACUGACAAUCAAAGUAGAGUCUUCUCUUGUAGUUCUUUUUACUUUCUUUUCCUCUUUUUCACAAAAUGCUUUUAUAUUUGAUAACAGCAUUUUUUUAAUCCAGUGGCCUUAUUAUGCAAUGUAAUUUAUAGUUUCAAAGGCAGUUUAAAGAUAGUACACUGCAUGGUGUUUAUACUAACUAUAGUUAAUACUAAUACAGCAUGAACUUUCACAUUGUUUGCCUUUUCCAGUGAUUUUAAAGGACCAAAAUAAUUUAAUAACGCUGUUUUACACAGUAUUUCUGCCAGAGUAGAAACAAGUAGCUAAAAAUAAUUUGCGUUCUUUAAAAUUUUGGUUCACUCACUUAUCUUUAAAAACUACACUGGUUGUGCUGCAUGGAAUAAAUGUAUGAGAAUAUUGCAUGUUUUACGUGUGUGUGUGUGUGUGUGCCAAAGCAUUUUACUUUGUGAUCUUUCUAACUGCAUGCUACUUUGUUACUUUACUAAUGAUCUGCGAGAUCAGACUAUCCGAACCACUGUUGAAACGAAGCCAGAAGAAACCACUGCCCGCCUUUAUAUCAAGCACCCCGAAAAUAAUCAGAAAGCAAGUGCACGGUAGUACCCAUGCAAGCAUACACCACCCACCAACAGACAUCACCCAUUCACCAGACACCCCAUCUCACCACACACCUGGUUGGAAAGUUAAACUUGGAAGUUUGCUUCGGAAAUCUAACAACGCAAAUGUUAUACGUCAAUCAUCGUUGCGUCGAACACAAAGUGAUGAUUCGCUGGUUUCUUCCGGGUCGCAACAAAAGUUGUCUGAAAAUCUGAUGACUCUGGGAAAUAUCCGAUCUUCGCUGAGUCAUGCUACAUCCUGCGAGCAGGAAGGGCUCAGUGAUAGGUUAUUCCCCGAGCCCCAGGUUCGCCACCCCAACGCCCCAACAUCUGGUCCCUCCCCCGUCCCAAUGAGGUCCCGGGGCCCCGAUAAUCGUAGACACGCCCACCAAAACCAGCCACGCCCCACUGGUGUAUAUACGGACGAUCAUCAUGAGUUUAAAUCUCCAGAUACUUUCCAAAUCAAAUUUAAACAAGUUAAACUAAGGCAUUCAAAAGAUCCAUCUCCAGCCACUGAAGUUAUUCGUAGCAGUAGCCCAUUCUCGGGGUUGGCAUCUGACUUUCCUGGGGUUAUGGGUGAAGGGGGGUUGGGGUUCGACCCUCUUAAUUAUCGACCAGCUGCUAUGAUUUCCCCACAAGCAGAUGUGAUGACACCAACAACAAGAACUCCCGACAACAUCAAGACCUGGUCCUCGUCGGAUGAAACCUCUCCACCAGGGGGCAUGCAUCGCACGAUAUCGAUCAAGCGUGUCUCAUCAGUGCAAUCACUUCAUGCAGAACCAAUGUUUGCGGCUGUUUCUAUGAUCAGUUCGCUACAAAACGUAGGUGAUUGUGGAAGCAAUGAUCAAAGAGAUGGAAAAGUUCUUCAGUCUUUACCCGAGACACCAGAAGAAAAUGUUACAGAGAAAAAAUGGAGGAGUCAUGAUUUGCUGGAGACGAAAAAGUCGCCGGGUUUGGAUAAAACUAAAAGUUCUUUAGAUGGUUUGACGGCAGAAGAUUGCUUCAGUGAAACUUCUUCGAGUAAAGUUACAAAACUUGUUUCGAGAAAAACAUCAGCAGCUCAGUUGCUUGGUGUGGUGCCUUAUAGAUCAACGCAGGUCGAUAAUAAUACUGUGGUUAAUGGAAGGUCUUUGCACUUGGAUCUGAAUGAGAAUAUUAAGCAAGCUGAAACUUUAAACGCACAGAGGCAAGAAGAUAACAAAGAUACAAAUGAGAGAAGGUGUAUUCAAUAUCAUACACACAGUGAACCUGGGUUGACGAAGAAGCCUCACUAUGGCUCUCUAAUUGCUUUGGUUGGUUUAAAAACUGAAUCCCAGCCAGGCAGUGCGCAUGGGGGGUAUAUUGAUCAAAAUCAACAGACCUAUACCCACACAAGACAUGCUUCAAUAAAUGAACAUAGUUAUGGUUACAACAGGCCGUAUAGUAACAGACACAACUUUUCUAAACACCGCUCCAGUGCUAAGUCAUCAAGCACAUAUAAGCAUUCACCUCCAAAGUUUGAAUACAGACAAGACGACACAGUGUUUCGCUCACCUAAUACAGUGAUGUACGUAGAAUCAUCAUCUACUCGCAUUUACACUGCAAGGUUGGACACGUUUAAUCCAGAAGGUCGGCAACGAAACGAUUACUGUGAAUACUCCCCACCAAAGAAUCCACACCCUAGUACUUAUCACUCCAGAUCACAAAGUGUGGAUGCUUACAAACCAUGCCAUAAUAAACUAACCCCAGGGUGCAAGCAACCCAGGGGUGAUAACAUACAACCCCCACAACCAUUACCGGCCCCACGAAAACAUUACCGCUCAUACUCAGCGGGCGAUGAUCUCCAAUCUCCCCAACCCUCGUACAAACCAACCCCACUGCCAAGAAACCGGGGUUCAAUAGAAAAUCGCCCAUUUCCGCUUACCCCGGUUUCAAACCCCAUGUUUCACCCAUGGAACCCCACCCCUCGUCUGCCCCAGUAACCCCUAGGGAGUUUCCAAGUGAGUACAUGAAGACCCCACAAAGCUACCCAUCUUCGUACACCAACGAUACAUAUGAGGAUUGGUAUAACAGCAAACCCCACCCACAUUUCUCAGCUUCCACCGACAACUUACACCCACACCCCCAAACCUGUAACCCCAGACCUUCACGAUUAAUUUUCCAUCAAUCCGAAGCAGAAGGUCAAGAUAUUUACUCAAAUAAACUCUGUAAGACACAAUCCUACCCGCAAGACUAUUACCGAGCGUCCUAUGCUGAAGGUACUUCAUAUAACAACGCAACUUACAGCUGCUAUGCUACUGCUUCUAAGUCCUACAUGGAGCCAUUACAAGAUGAAAUAUACAGAAAUCAGACAGCUGCAAAUCACACUGUGUCUCACGUAACAACACCACAACAGCCCACAGGAUUAUCAUGGGUUUAAUAACAUAAGUAAACAUUGUGAAAGCUUUCCAACACUAAACCAAUUAGACAAAGAUUACCAAAAUGUUCACUGUAUUUACUGGUUAAGGCCAUUCUUCAAAUAACCUUCAGCAUGCCUAGCAUGAAUAACAACUUAAUGAGUAUUUAUUUAUUAUUGGUGUAUUUGCACACCAAAUAAAAUUUAAAAGUGUUGGAAAGAAAGCUACGUAGUUUAAAAUCAUACUUAGAUGACACAGUCCUCUGUAAAGAAACAAUUUCUGCAAUUCAUUCUUAUAAUGAUCAAGAGUAUUUCGUAUUUUUUAUUUUUACUUGCAGAACUGUGUUAACAUUUUUAUUUCAUGAUUUCGUUGGGUGCUGUCUGUCUACCUAUUGUUACUGAGUUCAUUAUGCAUCAUGUAUGCUUUUGUUACAUCACAGUUCUUAUAAUAUCAUUCCAGAGCUAAUUAUUAGCACAUAAAGGUACUAGAGUCAUUUUGCACACCUCCAACGCUCACGGUAUUUUAUAUUUCAAAUAUAGUUGCUUUGUUCUGUAACAAUAGCCAAGUUACUAUGGCAACAACACUGAGUUGACUUUGGACAACUUUCUAUUGUUUGUGCUGUUUCGUCACAAUGUCACCUUUGUUCACGCCAUUUUACGCGAUCUUUUCAUUUGCAAUAAUAAAGACACUUAUUGUAGAAUCAGUUUAAA